GAGGAUGAAUAUCUUCAGCUGCCUGUUAGCCUUUGUUCUCGGCUGUAACGUCACUGCAGAAUUAAUCCAUGAAGCAGUGGAGGAAAAGAGCUCAGUCUCUCUUCGUUGUCCUCACUCUGUGGAGGGCACCGUGACGUGGAGCAGAGAGAUUAAUGGAAGUAAAGUUGACGUACUGACAGCUGGAGGUGACCAGGACAUAAGACACAUUCAUGACCCACAAAGACGAUACAGUUCAUUGGUAGAUAAGUCUCUGCACAUACGCAGAGUUACUGUCUCAGACUCUGGAAGAUAUUUCUGUAACAGUGAAGCAGCUGUGGAGCUGACGGUGAUCCCAGCAGGAACAAGCAGACUUCAUGCUACAGAGGGGACACGAGUCACUCUGACGUGCCCUCCUCAUGUUGGAGGAUCACAUAAUGUAAAAUGGAGCAGCACGAACGCUGUUGAAAUACAAUACCGGAAUGGGUUUUAUGUUUCAUCUGUUGACCAGACGUUGACUAUAACACACGUGGAGCUUGUUCACUCUGGACUUUACUACUGUGAUGAAACACCUGCUGUGUAUCUGAAUGUGACCAAAGAAGAUUACGACACAGGACCAACAGAAAUAUCAUCUGCAAAUACAGCAGCAACAACUGAAACAACGUUCCCAUCAUGGACUCUGACAGAAACAGCGACUCCUUAUCUGUGGCAAAUGAUUGUUCGUUCCGUGAUUGGAUUCCUCUAUUUGACCACCAUGAUCGGCAUCACUGUCACCACCUGGAGAAAAGCUCGACAAAUAGAGGCGAACAGUCAUCAUUCAACACUGUGACCAACACCACCUGUCAAUUCAUGCUCGUUACAUGAAAACAGUCUUUUCAAAAUAAACUUCCGUUUUAAGAAGGCAACAAUUUAGUUUUAGGCAACAAAAAUACUUAGUUAGGUUUAGUAAAAGAUGGUGAAAAACUUAGUUAGCUUUUAGAAGAGUGGCUUUGGAUUUUCAUGAACAAUAAGAAAAAUACCAUGUAAAUACUAGCUACGUUUUCCCCCCUUAACCAAAGUGUUUCCCUUUAAAGGUCAGUAACCAAUUUAUGUGUCAUAUUACAAAACAUCAGUGUCAUAAUCUGUAAUUUGUAAAUUCUGAGCUGUUUUUCUGUUUUAAUAAAUAAAUA